UUGAACCUCCAGGUCUCCUCUUGCUGUCUUCAGCACAUCAGGAAGGCUAUGAUGGGAAUUAAUGUGAAAAGUCAUCACCUCUGCCUUGAAAAUCGUCCUUUAGAAGGAGGAAAGCUGCUCGUGUGAUAGUUGGCUUCAAGGGGCAAGGCACACUGUGGAAGGAAAUGGACAGAAGGAGCUCAGGGUGCCCCAAACGCAUGCCUGCUGUGGUCUAGUCCAGGGAAGCCCUUGUGUGGGGCCCUGGCAUUCUGGGAUGUCGCCAGGUCUGGACGCAUGGCUGAUUCCUGAAUGAUGAUGAUUCGCAGGGGGCUGCUGGCCUGGAUUUCUCGGGUGGUGGUUUUGCUUGUGCUCCUCUGCUGUGCCAUCUCCGUCCUCUACAUGUUGGCCUGUACUCCAAAAGGAGACGAGGAGCAGCUGGGGCUGCCCCGGGCCAACGGCCCAACAGGGAAAGAGGGGUACCAGGCUGUCCUGCAGGAGUGGGAGGAGCAGCACCGCAACUACAUCAGCAGCCUGAAGAAGCAAAUUGCACAGCUCAAGGAUGAGCUCCAGGAGAGGAGUGAGCAGCUCAAGAAUGUGCAGUACCAUGCCAGUGACUCCGCGGGCCUGGGGGUGGACCGAGGCGCCCCUGAGAAAACCCAGGCGGACCUCCUGGCCUUCCUGCACUCCCAGGUGGACAAAGCAGAGGUGCACACAGGCGUCAAGUUGGCCACAGAGUAUGCAGCAGUGCCUUUUGAUAGUUUCACCCUGCAGAAAGUGUACCAGCUGGAGACGGGCCUGACCCGCCACCCUGAGGAGAAACCUGUGAGGAAGGACAAGCGAGACGAGUUGGUAGAAGCAAUUGAAUCGGCCUUGGAGACCCUGAAUAAUCCAUCAGAGAGCAGCCCGAGUCAGCAUACUUACACAGCCUCGGAUUUCAUAGAAGGGAUCUACCGAACAGAAAAAGAUAAAGGCACUUUGUAUGAGCUUACAUUCAAAGGGGACCAAAAACAUGAAUUCAAACGACUUGUCUUGUUUCGACCAUUUGGCCCUAUCAUGAAAGUGAAAAAAGAAAAACUCAACAUGGCCAACACACUUAUCAACAUUAUUGUGCCACUGGCAAAAAGGGUGGACAAGUUCCGGCAGUUCAUGCAGAAUUUCAGGGAGAUGUGCAUCCAACAGGAUGGGCGAAUUCAUCUCACUGUUGUUUACUUUGGGAAAGAACAAAUGAAUGAGGUCAAAGGAAUACUUGAAAACACCUCCAAAGCUGCCAACUUCAGGAACUUUACCUUCAUCCAACUGAAUGGAGAAUUCUCUCGGGGAAAGGGACUCGAUGUCGGUGCCCGCUUUUGGAAGGGCAGCAAUGUCCUCCUCUUCUUUUGUGAUGUCGACAUCUACUUCACCACCGAAUUCCUCAAUACGUGUAGGCUGAAUACUCAGCCAGGCAAAAAGGUAUUUUAUCCAGUCCUUUUCAGUCAGUACAAUCCCGGCAUAAUCUACGGCCAUCACGAUUCAAUCCCUCCCUUGGAGCAGCAGCUGGUCAUAAAGAAGGAAACGGGAUUUUGGAGAGACUUUGGAUUUGGGAUGACUUGUCAGUAUCGAUCAGACUUCAUCAAUAUAGGUGGGUUUGAUUUGGACAUCAGAGGCUGGGGUGGAGAGGACGUGCACCUCUAUCGCAAGUACCUCCACAGCCACCUCAUAGUGGUGCGCACACCCGUGCGGGGACUCUUCCACCUCUGGCAUGAGAAGCGCUGUGUAGAUGAGCUGACCCCGGAGCAGUACAAGAUGUGCAUGCAGUCCAAGGCCAUGAACGAGGCCUCCCACGGGCAGCUGGGGAUGCUGGUCUUCAGGCAUGAGAUUGAGGCUCACCUUCGCAAGCAGAAACAGAAAACAAGUAGCAAAAAGACAUGAACUCCUGAGGAUGGAUUUGGGGAGACAUUUUCUUUUUUCUUUUUUUUUUCCUUUUGCAAUUACUGACAGACUGAUUGCAACAAGAAAAAGACUUCCUAUAAAGGGGGACAAAAGAAUUUAACUCAUUGGUAAAAGA